AUGAAACUUGAAAGUUUUUUAAUCGUUUUAAUCUUCAAUUGGGUAUUGUGGACAUCUGUUAAAACUGUUCCAAUUCGAAAAGUUUUAUCUAAACAUGCUGAAAAGGAUUACAUUGCAACUAAAACAUUAAAUAAUGGGGCUGAAUCGUCGGUCAAUCCUCAAAUUCAGAAACAUAAAGGCACUUUAACAAAAAAAGACAAAUAUAUAAAUAAAGGAGGAAACAAAUUGCGUAGCAGAAGUGAAUAUAAUAAAGAAUAUUACCAGAAAAAUAAAGAAAAGUUGGUUGAAAAGAGUCGAAAACAUCGAAUACAAAAUAAAGAAAAGGUGAGUGAAACUCAACAAAAUUCCUAUAAAAGGUUUAAAAGUGAAAGAUGUCAAUAUAGUAAUACCUACUAUCAAAGGAAUAGGCAAAGAAUACUCGAUAACAAAAAAUUAUAUCAACAAAAUAAUAGAGAAAAGCGAAGAGAAUAUAUGCGAGAAUACAGACAGAAAAAGAAAAACGUUGAAGGAACUUCAUUAGUUAAUCAACAGACUGACAAUUUUAUUAAUAAAGGUAAAUUACCAAUUGUUUACGAGGAGGAAGGAAAUCUAUUAAAUCAAGGAGAGGGAGAAUCAAAUAACGCCGAAAAUGAGCAGAAUCAAAUUGAGGUUGAAGAGCCAAAUAAAACUCUUGAAGAUGCCACAAUAGAUUUAAAUAAGAAAAUUCUGCCUUUUGAUCUGAACGAGAAUCCCGAUGAUCAAGAAUUGCAAGAUUAUUAA